AUGCCAACAGGUCAUGAUUUCUCACAGGACACGAAACAAAUAAUGUUUAAUAUGAUCAAAUUUGUAGAACGUGAAAAAAAUGGUUGCUGCAUCCCACUGAAUAACGUAAAUGAUCGUAUUAAAUCUAUUCUUGGUAUUUCAAUGAGAUCAGUUGAAAGACUAAAGAGAAAAAUAAGAGAGCAGGAAAGGGAGCUGUUGGAGAAAGAAAACGAAUUGAUUGAAUUACAGAAGAAACGAGAUCAAGAAAAACAAGACAAAGAAGAUGCGACGAUUCGAGCAACUCUUCGACUUCGAAAUCCACGUGCCAGAUCAAGAUCACCAUCAUCAACAACUUCUGCUGCAUCCGAUAUUACCACAACAAUAUUCAUACCUGUUGCUAAACCAUCACAAAAACGUGGUCAUGUUGGUCGUUCGCCUAUCAUUUUUACAGAAGAUCAAAAAGAAAAUGUUCUGUAAGUACCUUACGAGAAUAGACUUUGCAACAUAUGUGCACUAUUUAUAGAUACCAUGUUCAUCUGAUGUUAGCUGAACGGAUAUACCCAACCACAUACAAAGGGUGUGUGGGUGUGGGUGUGAGUGAAUGUGGGUUGUGGAUGUUGGUGUGGGGUGGGGUGUGGGUAUGUAUGAAUAAGGCACCCACACCCACAUCCUAAAUUGAGAAUACAAAUCACACCAAAAUAUGCAUUGAAAAAAAGAUAACAAAAAAUCAAUUCAGUUAUCCACGUAUCCCAUUAUACUUCAAUCGUGCCACCAUUGUGGCUACAGUGCGAAAGCAAUGAAAGAGAAUAGUGUCACAUGGUUACUAUGUAUAAAAUACAGAGAAGGGAUGACAUAUGAUGAUGAGUGGUAUUGUGAAGUAUUUUCUUCAUAUAUGAGUACACGAUAUUUGAAAUCAAUACUUAUUUUACAGAAUCGAUUGGCUAUGCUCAAAAAUAAUUCUUUGUAAUGGAAUUUUGAUCACAUCGAGAUUGUUUCGAUGGUAGAUACGAAAUGUUUCUCAUCUCGAUUUUUAGCAAAGACAUUGUUCAUCGAUACUCGCAUCUUUGGUACGUAUGAAGUGCGAUACAUGCUAUCCACUACAUAAGCAAUAGCGAAGCAAGCAAUAGGUAUCACACAACAGAUCAUAAUGAUUCCAAAGCAGAU